AUGACUCUGAUUUCUAAUAGUUUGCAAACAUUGGUACCCAAUCGAAAAAUAAGCAUGCCAUCGAAUGUGUCGCCGAGGGUCACGGUGAAGAACAUCGAGAACCUGGGGUACAAGGGGAGACCGAAGAUACUCAAGUGCGACAGGUGCGGAAGGUGCUAUCAGCUACAGACGUCGCUCAAGAGACAUCAGAAACUCGAGUGCGGCAUCGAGCCAAAGUUGAGCUGUCCGAUUUGCGGGAAAAAGUUCACGCAUAAGCACAAUCUAACGAAUCAUCUACCCUCUUGCAGAAGAAAACGCAUAGACGCCAUCUCGCACGUCGUCUACCCCCCAAAAUGGGGUUUAGGCUUAUCGAAAGUAAAGAAAUUCGUGAUCGCUGGAGGACUUUUGGCGACGAUGUUGCUGUCGCAAGAUAUACACCAGCCCCUGGACAACAGCGACGCGUUGUGGAGCCAGUUGUGCUACACCUCGGGGACGCCCUACAAGGCCAACAGGAGUCAAAGAGGGAAGGACUUGAAGGACACCGAGGCCAAGUACGUUUGCAACAGGUGCGGGAAAACUUACAAGGCGACGACGUCUCUGAGUCGUCACAAGCGACUCGAGUGCGGCGUCGUGCCCAGCGAGGUCUGUCCCAUCUGCGAUCGGAGAUUCAAGCACAGAUUCGUCCUCAACUCCCACAUCGUCGGCUGCCAGAGGAAGCUCCGGCAUAUUAUGGAGAAGAGCGAAGACUCGCCAAUGUACAACGAAGAACGAGAGUAGCGCUCGCAUCGUUCGAAUUCUUCCGCGCGUAGGUCAGUCCCCUGAGAUUUUCGGAAUACACCGAGUAGAUGUUUUACCGCAUUGAUGGGUAUAUGCUAUGUCUAAUUAAUCCAUUUUUAAUAUUCCUGGGGACCGAUCUACGCCACGUCACUCGCUCGACAACAGGGUUGGACAAAUAUUCGAUCUAUCGUAAGGGACUGUUCUUUGCGAUUGAUUUUUACGAAUAACGAUACAGUUUUGCCCACCUCUGCGUGUUAACAGCCUGCCCAUCGAUAAGCAGGUCUGAAAUCUGUCGCCACGACUGCGACGCGAUCGGAAAGAUCUUCGCCCAACGGUUACCUGUGCAUCGAACCUUAACCGUUCUUUCAACUUGCCAGUCGUGUCUGCACGUUGAAGCUUUAAGAAAGUAUUUGUUUUUUUUUCAGGCCAAAAAAUAGACCAUUCUUGUGGAAGCCAUUUUCUAAAACGUCCUUUUGCAUGGGACGCAGUAUACUUCAAACCUCCGAAUAUUUAACACGCAUAUUUUAAACGCUAUAAUCGAACAAAAAAUGUAGAUUGGAUCUUUUUCUACCCCAAAAAAUGAAUACUUUCUUAAGCCAUUAUUCCAUCCGAACAAUGCGAUUUUCGAUAGAGAUGAUUAAAAUUUCAUUGGAAUAACAAUAGUAAAAUUUCUCACUACGCUCAUUGUAGAAUAAACAUUUGUUUUUAUUCAAGGAGUAACUGAUACACGGUUUCUUUAUCUUCGCACUCGAUUCGCGUCUCACUUGCGGCUCCUCGCGUCGUUCGGAUGGUGGAAGGGUCUGAAUCUCCUUCACUUUGUAUUUCUCCUCAUUUGUACAGCUUUGCCCAAGAAAAGAAGAAAAGACAAUUGCUCUAAGGAAGCUAUCGCCGCAAGGCUCGUGGUCUCCUCGUAUAUUGAACGAAUAGGAGAAAGGGGCUUCGAAAGAUUUAAAAUAACUAAGCAAUGGGUGCUCGUCCAACGUAAUUUAGAAUAUUAAACGAACCCCCCUUCUUUCCAACACUCUGCGAAGUUAAGAAUGCCCGGCACUUUUUGAUUCUAGCCGACGUUCGGAGAAUAUCGUUCGAGCUCGAUGAACUUUUAUAAUAAUACGAUAAAUUGACGACAUUUACAUUCGAACUUGGUAAAUUUUAAGUAGUAUAGAUCAUCGAUGUUUACGUAACGAUUUCGUAGCGACGAAAGAACUUUUUUACUCCUAGGAUGCAUUUACGGUUACGUAAUUGUUUUGUACAGCAUCUAAUCUUGUUUUUUUAAUUCGCAUUGAGAGAAAACCGAGUGUGUGUAAUUAUAUCAUAACGAAUUGGAAUGUGUUUACUUCGAUGAAACGCGUACCAAAAGACGUUUGGACCGUGAAGUUUUAUAUGUACUGAUAAAUAAACGAAUAUGAACGAGCAAUGCGAUGCUAUUAAAUUGCCUGAAAUCGGACGUGCCUCGACGAACUCCGUCCUGAUCGAGGUUUACUUAUCCUCUCUGGUCGACACCUUAACUCAAAUAUUACUGAAACAUUUUUAUGAAAGUACAUUUGCUCCGCGCGCGCAAAGAUCUAUAGAUAUCCGUAUUUUAAAAGGAAUGCAGUAAUGUCUGAGUUAAAGAACAAUUCCAUCCUCGGUACUCGUAACUUUCUUCCGUAUCGAAUAUCAGGGGGCAUCCUUCGUGGGUCUAUCACCGCCUCAACUCGUCUAAGUCCGUGCAUCCCUUUUAUUAUAAUCGUUAUCAUUCUGUGCGAAACGAGUCUUGUCUCGAGGUAUUUUCAUUUCACCU